AUGGCUGAAGAAGGGAGAGUGCAUCCUGAUUGCCGAAAUGCAUCGAACCCGUAUCACGAAUGUAGUGAAUACUACUUCAAGAUUAUUGCUGAAACAAAGAAGAAGAUGAACAAAAAUGACACGGGAAUGCAAGUUGUUAGUGACAGUGGUGAGGCCAAUGCAGUUGCUAUUGUGGAUCAGGAGGAAAAUCAUGAAAGAGAUGGCAAGGGAGGUGAUUCUGAGGUAGCAGCUGGUAUUGACGGUGAAGAUGACACAGGAAAAGACCUCAAAAAUCUUACAGGAAGGCAAAAGAUAAUUGGUAGACUUCUUGAUGCCAAUGGUUUGAAUAUGAGCAAAGCAUAUAUGCUGGACACGCAAGACAUGGCAGAGUCAAAGUAUAAAAAAUGGGAGAAGGAGCCUACUCCUACUGGUUGGGAUGGUAUGAACUAUUAUUGCUUCAUUGUUGUAAUGUUUCUUACUUGUGUAAGAAGUUCUUAUUAA